UUGGCAUUACAGAUUGAACUCGUUAAAAGUUUUCUCUCCACUUAGUGUUCAUGGCCAACGAAAAGAUUUUCUGGGAACCUGAGCUAAGACGUGGUGAUUUUCCUCCUGAUUUCAAGUUCGGUGUAGGAACAUCUGCUUUUCAGGUUGAAGGUGCCUGGAAUAGAGAUGGUAAAGGCAUCAAUAUUUGGGAUUGUUUCUCACUAAGAAACCCUGAUAAAAUUACUGGAGGUGCAAAUGCAUGUAUCGCGGUUGAUAAUUAUGCAAGAAUGAAGGAAGAUGUUCAGUUGCUGAAGAAAAUGGGUGUAGAGUAUUACAGAUUCUCUAUUUCAUGGUCCAGAAUAUUACCAGGUGGGAAAGUAUCCAUGGGUAAAAGCUUGGAAGGCAUUAAUCACUACAAUAGGUUACUAGAUGAGCUGGAAAACCAUGGGAUUAAGCCAUUUGUCACUCUCUUCCACUGGGAUCUUCCAAAUGCUUUGGAAGAAGAGUACAUGGGUUUCUUAAGUUCAAACAUUGUCAAGGAUUUUGUCGAUUAUGCGGAUGUUUGCUUUUGGGAGUUUGGAGAUCGAGUGAAGCAUUGGGUGACAUUAAACGAGCCGUACAGAUUCACUUAUUUUGGUUACGUAACGGGUGAUGGUGCACCUGGUCGGGGUGCAAAUGACAAAGAUAGUAACCCUGGAAAGGAGCCAUAUGUUGUUGCAUAUAAUCUACUCAACUGUCAUGCAGCUGCAUAUAAAAAAUAUCAGAAUGAAUACAAGGAUUAUCAAAAAGGUGAAGUGGGAAUUACACUUGAUUGCAACUUUUUCAAGCCAUAUCGAGGUCCAAACAAUGACGACGAUUUGAAAGCUGUUGCGUAUGCCUAUGAUUUCAUGCUCGGAUGGUUUUUGGAUCCAUUAACAAGUGGUACUUGGCCAAAAAACAUGAAAAAGUUUGUCCCCUCUUUGAGUUCUAAAAACCCACCUGGUCGUUUACCAGAAUUCUGUAUGAAGGAAAGUGAAAGAUUGAAAGAUUGUCACUACUGGGCAUCAGGGCGAGAUCCUAAUGGUAACGAUAUUGGAAAAAGGGCUUACACAAUUGACAAAACUGAAGACAAAGGGUCAUUUGUUUAUCUUUAUCCUGAAGGGCUUACUGGGCUCUUGGAUUACAUAAUCAAAAAGUACGAUGUUCAUGAGAAACACAUCGUAAUUACUGAGAAUGGAUUCCCACAACUAAAUAAUCCUGACAAAACAUAUGAGCAAAUUCGAGAUGAUACAGAACGAAUUACCUAUAUAAAAGAGCAUAUCGAAGCAAUAAAAAAAGCCAGGGUAUCUUACAGGAACAUUAUGGGGUACUUUGUAUGGUCAUUCAUGGAUAGCUUUGAAUGGAGAAGUGGUUAUGGUGACCGAUUUGGUAUGAUCUACGUUGAUUACAAGAACAAUCUCCAGAGGUAUCCCAAAAAAUCUGCAAAUUGGUUCAGAAGGUUUCUUACUAAGGACAAACCUGAAAAGAAGACUCUUGAGAAAGUGGGGCUUCUGAAACGAGCUCUAGAAGUGAAUGUGGAAGAUGAAGAAGAAGAUGGAGUCAAUGAUGAAAUGAUUGAGGCAGAAGAACCAGUUGAAGUGAUUCCAAAACUGAAGAAGGCGAAAGCAUGAAAAAAGUCUAAGUUACGGCAUGUCUGGUCGUUCUUAUUGCUCUAAUAAUUUUACGUUUUGUGUGCAUGAAAUGUUUUCCAAGCAGAAUUUUGGGGAAGUAACUUUAAGCUUGAAUAAAGCCCCGAAUCAUGCUGCUUAAUAAAUUCAUAUUUUCGUAUCCAUGGAUCUUUUAAAGUUCUCAGAUAUGAGAUAUGUAAUAACUGUUGAUGUGAUAUAAUAAUUAGUGAUUGUAUUGUUUAUAAUCAGAUGUUGAAUAUUGUACUAAUUAUUUUUGUUGGAACCGGCAAAUAUCAAU